GAGCCACCCUACAUUCUCCCCGCCCCAACUGCGCAGAUUUGGGUUUCUCUAGCGCUUUCCUGGAGCCCCAAGUGCUCCUGGCCGCUAGGUAUCCAGUCUCAGGCUGGUUUCGUUGGCCUUAGGGUGGAAAGAAAUGGCCACCGCAGCGCCCGCAGGCCUGGAGCCUGUUUCUGCGUACCUGGUGCAGGCCGUGAGAGCAGCGGGCAAGUGCGAUGCGGUCUUUAAGGGCUUUUCGGACUGUUUGCUCAAGCUGGGCGACAGUAUGGCCAACUACCCGCAGGGCUUGGACGACAAGACGAACAUCAAGACCGUGUGCACAUACUGGGAGGAUUUCCACAGCUGCACGGUCACAGCCCUGACGGAUUGCCAGGAAGGGGCGAAAGAUAUGUGGGAUAAACUGAGAAAAGAAUCCAAAAACCUCAACAUCCAAGGCAGCUUAUUCGAACUCUGCGGCAGCGGCAACGGGGCGGCGGGGCCCCUGCUCCCGACGCUCCCAGUUCUCCUGGUGUCUCUCUCGGCAGCUUUAGCGACCUGGCUCUCCUUCUAAGCCAGCUCCCCUCCGCGCCCACCCACACUCACUCCAUGCUCCCGGAAAUCGAGAGGAAGAUCCAUUCG